UCUUCUCAUUCUAAAAUUAAGUGCCGCCGCAGCAGGAGUCGCAGUUAGUCGUACAUGUUGGUACAUGUAAAUCGAGCACAAGUCCGUGCUUUUACCGAGCAACAACAAGCGACGGAGUCGGAAACCGGAACACGAACCUAAACCGUUAGUUUUUUUUGUGUGAAAUCGAGUUAUCCCAGUGUUUAAAUAAACAGAAUAUUUUUUGGAAUUUAAAGUGUGUUUAUUGUUUGUUAUAAUUGAAUUUAAUGUUUCAUUUGGUUAGUGGCAAAUGAAAACUCUUUCUUAACCAUUACUUCGCAUCCUUUUCCCUUCCCCGCACCCAACUUGCUAGCACGCACAUUCACACUCACGCACUUUAAUUGCGUAAAAAGCCAAAUGCGCAACAAACUGCACUGCCGCGCCACGCCCCUUCCAAAAACGCCCACGCCUUUACAGCAGAGAGAGAGAGCAGAAGGAGCAGAUACAGAGCGGAAUGCUGUGCGUAUGCGUGUUUUUGACACUUCCUUUGCAUUUUAGGGAUACACACAAUGUGCGUGUGCAGUGAAAUUAAGUGAAAAGCCAAAAAUCACCAGCUAACAACUAUUUAAAAAAUCUAAAAAACUUAAAACCUAAAGGAAAACCUCGAAAAUAAGAGAAUCGUGCAGUUAAAAGAAAGCCAACGCUAGAGGGCGCCCCUGCAGGCGUGUGCGUGUGCUGGUGUGUGAAGGAAUUUCUCGAACGGCGAAAGCACAAAGGGGAGAGAGAGCUCAAGAGGUGAAGCCCCGUGCAGGCAGGACGACCAGUGUGCGAGCGAGAUGGACAGCUCGCCGGAUCUGUCGCUGAAAUUGCGACGCGGUUCCAGCGAUUCGCGGGAUAAUUUCUACAUGGACUUUGCCCAAGGCAUCGACUCCGAUAUAGAGGAGGUGGACAACACCGCCAACCCGGAAGCCGGGGAGGUACCGCCUCCGCCGCCGCCGCUGCCCACAGUCUCCCUGGCAGAGGAGGUCCUACUCCUGGUGGCGCCACCGCCCUCUUUACUGGGUCAACCACUGCCAACGCUAACAGAAACGGAUGAUAUUCCGCCUACGCCCACGCCCCCACCGCAGCAAAGGGACGAAGAGGCGGAAGAGGAGAAGGAGCAGGAGGACGCGAAUCAGGAUCAAGGAGUCAGGGCAGCUCCUUCGCCACCAGGCUCACCCAUUAUUUCAGUCCUGGAAAUGGAGCUAAUUCCACCUCCUCCACUGUCGCCUUUGGAGGAUGCGGGCCUACGGACAGAUGACGAUGACGAGGGCGAGGAACCCGACGAGGCAGAGGAGGUGGUGGCCAUUCCGCCACCACAGGAAAUGCAGGACACAGAAAUCAAUCCCGAGGAGGUGCACCCGGAGGCUGUUCAGGAAGAAAAACCCAAGGACGACAACGACGAAGAGGAGGAGGACGACGACAAGUCCACGCCACCGCCCCCCUUACCACCGCUCCCCUCCAACCUCUCCUAUGUUCAGGGCCACAAUCUCGGCCAGGUCACUCCGCCUCUAACCAAGUCGCCAUCGAACUCGCCAUCGCCGCCCGUGACUCCACCACCUUGCCCGGAACUCAACAUUAGCCGCAUGGUCUCGCCGCCUGCCCAGCACAUCAGCCAGAUCCCACCACUUACGCCCUCCGACGAGAGCGAGGGUGAAGCAGAGUCCCAGCCAAAUUCGCCGCCACCCAGAUUAGAGGCGGAGCAGCCACCACCCGGAAUGCAGCAGGAGGAUCACAGCCGCUCCCUGGACAACGAAGAUGAGUCCACCACCAUCACCACACCGCCCAGCAACGGCUACUCCGCCUCCUCCAUCAUAGCUCCUCCCCCCGAGCAUUUUGCGGAACUGGAGGAGGACAGGGGCUUCAUACCGCCACCGCCCUUAGAGCCAGAGCCCGACGAGGAGGAGGAGGAGGAGGAGGAGGAGCUGACCAAGGAGACGGAUGAGAUAUCCGUGGACAGGGAAUCGCUGCAGGAUCAGGGCGGCGACAGUAUUAGUUCUCCGCGGCCAGCCAGCAUCUUGACGGGAUCCAUUUCCACAUCCGUUGGCGGCGGAGCUGCCGGUUCGCCGAAGCUCGACAGUCGCGGGCCGAGUCGCAGUGGCAGCCAGCGCUCGCAACUGAGAUCGGGAUCACAGCAGGGAUCUGCGCCAGGGUCCCGGGGUGGCUCUCGACUAGGAUCCCGCACGGGAUCCGUGGCCUCCGCCCAGGCAGCUGAUGUCCUCUCCCCGCAGGCCUCCCUCAAGUCACAGACUUCCGUUCGCUCGCAGGGCCACACAUCCGUGCGCAGCUCGGCGGGAUCCAUCAAGUCCGGAUCUCAUCGGGUGCAAAGUCCGCCGGCCGGAGAGGGAGCUCCGGCAAUGCCUUCGCCCCCACUGAUGAGAAGUCCCCCGCCGGAACUGGCCCGCCAGAUGCACAGUCCACCCAGGAUCACCACGCCGCCGAGGGUCUGCAGUCCGCCGCUGGUCAGCAGUCCACCCAAACUGGCCGAAUCCGCGGCCGCUGCCGUGGGAGUCGCCGCCGGAGUCAAGGAGCAGAUCGGCUCAAGCAGCUGCACCGCCGAGCCGCCGGAGCCACUGAAGCCGGAGCCACUGAAGCCGUCAAUAGCCACGGUGAGCUACCAGGAUGAGCAGAAGCCCCCUGCGGUGGUCACCAGCCAGCCGAGGUCGCACUUCACGAGCAGCCACCACCACUACCACUUGCCGCACCAGUUCCAGCAUCCGCACCACCAGAACCACCACACCCACAGUGUGCGGGUACCCACGCCCACUGUGCCCAGUAGCUAUGCCCCGCCCGCCGACAGCGGUAGCAGCAGUUCUCCCGUGGACCGCCGCCGGCUCUUCAUGGAGGCAGCUCCUCCGGCCGCCGCCGGAGGGUCCCUAAUGGGCACCCCCGCCGAGCCAGCGGUGGCCAUAUCCCCGGGCCGAGUCUCAGCCCGCUCGGGAUCGCAGCACCACGUGACCAUCGACGAGUCCAGUCUGCCCAGCCACAAAGGCAACAUCCAGGAGACACCGGGGCCAAGUGGCCUGAUCAUUGGCGGCGGAAAUGGCGACGGCGAUCGGGACAUUGGAGGCGGCGGGCCCGACAGCUCGGAUCCGCCCUCCUCACCCGGAGGCAGCAGCUCCCAGCCGGCCCUCAGCGGGAGUCAGGCGGACGGACAGCUGGCGCUGAUGUACCACUCGCACCAGCUGACCAAUUAUCCGGUGCUGCCCGCCAUCAAGCGCACUCACCGGCCAUCUUUCGUUUACCCGCCGAUGCCGAGGGUUAAGGCCGGCGAUGCACUGGCCACUCUGUUCUCCGCACUCUACGGGAAACUGUUGGUCGUGAUGGGAAUAGCAUUUCCAAUGGCAGAGGUUAUAUCGACCUAUAUCCCACCCUCUUUCUAUGAGGUGUACUAUUUGUAUUUGUACAUCGGCAGCAUGAUAUUCCUGCUUUUUAUGUACGCCACUUUGCUAUGGGGACGUCCUAAAUUGCCAGUUCCAAUUGCCACUUCCCCGAACAAGUCGACGACGAAGGCAAGUGGAACAGAUAGCAUGGACGAAUCGGAUACGGAUAGUAACUCCGUGCACCACCGACUUCCUCCGGCGAUUCCCGUGCGGCGUCCAUCGCUCCUCUCGCCACUUGGAAGACGGGAUGCCCACUACGGUAGCUUUUAUCUGCGCAUGGGGGCCGUCGCGUUCGGAAUUGGCAGCAUGAUCUAUUCGGGUCUGGAGUUUGGACAGUAUUUCGAACUUAAUCCGGACACCAAGUGCCACAACGUUCUGCUGGCCCUGACGCCGGCCACCCGUAUGGCCUUCAUCUUCAUCCAAAUGUACUUCAUCUUCCUGAACAACGAACAGAUCAAGGUUUAUCGAUACAAGAUUAUUGCUCGCUUCGGUCUGAUGCACAUGAUUGGUACGAAUCUGGCCGUUUGGCUUAAUGUUCUCAUCCAGGAGACGAAGCACGAGAUAUUGACGUUCUACAAUCCGGAGAAUCGCACGCUGAGGAUUUCGCACAGGAUACCGGGACACUCCAGGGGGCAUGCCAUAAUUCAGCACGAUCCGACGGCCCAUUUGCGGGUUGCGAGGGGCCUCAAGGGACCGUACCAGAUCUUCGAGUGCCGGCGAACCAAUAUCAUUGGAACUCUGGUGCAGGAUGCCUCGCCGUUUCUGUUCCCCUGUACCAUUGAGUACUCGUUGAUAUGCGCGGCCAUAUUGUACGUGAUGUGGAGAAGCAUCUCAAGGCCCCAGACGCCCACGCCGCAGCGUCCGGAUAUGAUCAGUUCGCCGAUGAAGCGAUCUCCGCACCACUAUUCCGUGGACUGUGCCAGGGCCCACAAGGGCCUGUUCGUGGGCAUUCUUAUUUUGGUGCUGACUAUCAUAUCGCUGAUCAUCUUCUUUGUGCUGAUCUCACGGCCCGAGUUCGUGGCCCUGGCCGUUACUGAGGUGACAAUUUGUGAGCUUCUCAUCUACGGAACGGCCACGAUAGCCACUUUGGUCGGGAUGAUUCAGAUCCGACAUCUGCAGUACGAUGCCUACAGGAGUUUCUCGCUGGAUGACAUACUCUUGGUCGGCGCGCAGACAGGCUCGUUUCUGUACAACAUCUUUACAGUCAUAGCCGGGCACUUUACCCUGCGGAGUGACGAUAUGUUGGUGCCUAUAAAUGCCCUGGCCUCCAUCGUGCAGACCGCCUGCCAGACGAUGUUUAUUUUGGACGCCAGUCGCCGGCAGGCCGUCAGCCCGGAGCACUUGCGCAAGAAGCCGGGCCGUGAGAUCGUCACCUUCAUGCUGGUCGUGAACCUGGCCAUGUGGGCCAUCAGUACGCUGGAGAAGUCCCGCGCAGAGUCACAUCCCAUUCAGCUAAACUUCUACGGCUUGUGGGCCUGGACGAUCAUCACGCAUGUGUCGAUGCCCCUGGCCAUAUUCUACAGGUUCCACUCGACGGUGUGCCUGUGCGAGAUCUGGAAGAGGGCCUACAAGCUGAAGCCCACGUACAUGUGAGAAUUCGCCCGCUCGCGCAUCCAGAGCAUUGCGCAGCAGCAGCAAUUCUGCGAGGAUCUCAAGACGAACCUGUCCUACUGCUACUGCUCCACUACGCUGGCUGGCGGCGAGCUGGAGACCGUCGAGGAGGUGGAGAGCGGGGAGAGUAAUUCGGCGGAGGAGGGAAGAGCACCGGCCGGAGGAUCUGCAGGGUCGGCAGCAUCAGCAGGAUCAGAGGGAGCAGGAGAGGCAGGAGGAGCAGCAGGAGCAGAGGGGCAACAGGGCGGCGAUGGCAGCUGUGGACUGAGGGCACCCAUCCGGGCGCUGUCGCCGCAGUCCCUCAACACGGAAAAGGCCUUCUGUCCGGUUUACGUGAUCAACGGCGAAUGAGUUUACGCGCACUUUGAGUUCAUCGACGCGAUCAGCGGCCAUGAGCUCAGCUUUGUCUAGGACUUGCACCCGCUGGGCUCCACCAUACCAAUCCACCCACCAACGAAACAGAAACCAGAGAACUAGGAACCCAUCUUCGAGAACCACCAAAGCCAAACAUAAACCCAAUGGGAUGCAAGCGUCGAAAGCCCAAAACAUAUCCUAGAAAAGAAACAUUAUAAAGAAAAGGUAAUCCAAAGGGUCCCAAGUAUGGAACAAUAUAAGAUAAAUCAAUCGGGUAACCACCACAAGACCCAAAGCAAAUAUAAAUUAUUGAAGAAACCCCAAACAAUGUCAUUAGGGCGUAUAGGCAAUAAAUUUCCAAGCAAUUGUCACUAGUGCGUAUACGCAAUAUAUUAAAUGGUUUAAACUCAACGUUCACUUACUACCAGAAAGUAUUUUGCCUGACAACAAACCUCAAAUCCAAUAUUUUCCACUUAAGAAAAGAGGAAAUUACCAGUGAUUGGAUGGAUAUUUUAUUUUGAGGCAUCUUUGUAUCAAUCGAAAGCCCCGAUUUGUAGGUAACUUCCAUUUGGUAGCAGGUGAGCGAUCUGAGAAGUAUUGUAGGCAAAACACGUAACCGUAGAUGAAGACAUGUUUACCCCUUACACACAAUUCCGAAAAUCUAAGAAUUAAAGUUUGAUAAAUGUUGAAAAAGGUCGCAAUCAAAAAACUAGACAACAUUUUAUACAUUUAUAAAUAGUUACUGACUGAGGAUCAGCAAAACGGGUUGUGAACCAACCGCACUACGAUGUAUGCCGCUAAACUAACGAUCAACCAAAUAUAGAGCAGAUAUACCGAAUAUGUAUAACCCAAGAUAGCGAGUUCUAUCAAUGAUAUUUACAAGGAUAAUUAAUCGGCGUUCCAAAGCACUUUGGAUGUAUUGCAAAAAUAAAAAGUUAAAUGAAAAAGAAACGGAAUAAGAGAUGAAGUUUUGAAAGAGGAGAAGAAUACGGAUAGGAGAAGUCAUUAACCCCACCAGAAAUCGAGAAACGCAAAAGUUAUUAGAGAACACUGUACUACAAAGUAGACGGUUUACACAGCCUAGCACCUAAGGAUAUAUACUCACAUGCAUAUGUAGAUGCUCAAUCCAAACUGCAAAAGCCCCUUUUAAGCCCAACCCGUGCUUGUUUGAUCCCCUUGUUGAGAUUCCUUAUUUUUAGCAUAGAAUUUACCACAAUUUUUAAAUUAAAUCCGAGAUAAAAGACAUGGAGAGCUCUUGUUAGGAACCUUGUUUCGCCCGAAUAGAUUUUUAUGUGAUACGUUUGUGCUUGUUCCAGCUCCAGUAAUCCCCAACAAACCCCACUUCAGUAUUAUGAAAGCUCAAAAAUUGUAGAAGGACAAAUCAAGAGAUUGCUAAAAAUUCCAAUGAAAUAACUUACUAUAAGACGCACAAAUCUAUUUAAGGAGGUAUAAAUAUGUCUGUGUUUUUUUUUGUCUACCAUAAUGGUAUAAGUUAUCUAGGAUAUAGACCCCACUUACACAUACGAUGCGAUAUAUAUAUUUUCAAUGCCAAAGAGUUCUUUAUGUAGCCUACGUUGUAAUCGCUUUCUUGUUGAGUUCGAGUAUUUUGAAUCUACUGACUAAUUAAUUGUAUAUUCAAAGUUAUGAAUGCCAAAAUCGAAAUCAAAACCAAAAAGAAAAACAAAAAUAAUAAGAAAAAACAAUAUAUAUAUAUAUUAAAUUAGUUAUUUCAAUUUUAUACUCGUACUAAAUUUUUAACUAGAAUUAACUGUAACUUUGUAUGCAUUUUCUUACAUGUAUUUAUUGUACGCCAACUCGAAACAUUGUUCGAAAAAUCGCAUAUUCAGCGAAAAAUCAAAAUUGAAAAUUGUAUUGUAUUUACAGCCGAUUACAUUAGAAUUUAUUGAAACUAAGUAGAUAUGAUGAGAGAUCGAACUCAUUAGAGGAACUCCUAUUCUAUGUAGAAUCGAAACGAAAAUCGAAACCAGCAAAAUGACAUUUUAUGCAAAAUUAAUAAAAAUUAAAAGAAAAACGAAAAAAAAA